AUGUCCGAAACGUUUAAGAGAAAGAAUAGUGGAGCUCAAAAUCGCAAGAAUAAAAAAAAAAUUAAAAUUGAAAACGAGAAGUUGGCAAAUACUUUUGAAAGGUGGGUUUCAACAUCUACAACGGUGUCUCCUUGUUCAUCAUUAAACAAAUCUGAUGUUUCUGUGAAAAUCCAUAAUGAUCUUAACAAUGCACCAACAAUUAACGAGUCUCCCGGCAUUCCUUUUAAAAAAAAUAACAACUUAAAUAAUCCAGAACCGUUGAAUGAUACGACCAUGAAAAUAGAUACUAAACCAGAUGAAUUGAAAUUAACUACGAUAUCUGAUAAAGAUAAAUCAAAUAUCACAAAGUCAUCGAACAAUACGAUGGAGAUAUCGGGUAUAACGCCAAUUUUAGAAAUUUCUGAUAGGAACGAAAGUGUUGCAUUAAGUCAUUCGAAGAUAAUUUCUGUUACUCAACAACACAGUAUCGAUUACAACAACCCUCCAUCAUGGGUACAUAUGACAGAUGGCUUGAGAAUAACUUUGGUCUUGCAUGGCCCGGAUCAGGGUAAAAAUAUCGAUUUUAGAAGUAUUCAAACCAAAGAUGGACGUCGAUUUCUUCCUCAUUGGUUCAAGAAACAGUUACCCAACAGUGAAACCAUAGACCGUAAUUGGUUAAUUUACUCCAAGAAUAAAAAUGCUUUGUUCUGUUUUCCUUGUUGCCUGUUUGAAUAUCGACAAAGUCAGAUACCUUUGAUUGCUAAUCGUCAGGAAGGGUUUUCUGACUGGAAAAAUAUAAAUAGAAUUGAAGAUCACGAGACUUCACCAGAUCAUCGAAAAUAUUUUGUUCAAUGGAAAACCUUAGAAUCUAGAUUGAAAAACUCACAAAGUAUUGAUAAAUCAUUGCAAAACGCAAUUUUCUUAGAAAAAGAGCGGUGGCGUCACAUCCUUCGGGCAAUUUUAAAUGCGAUUAUAUUUUGUGCUAAAAACAAUUUAGCAUUACGAGGCUCAACGUCAGAAAUUGGAGUACAAGGAAGUGGCGUAUUUUUGGAUAUCGUUGAAUUACUGAGUAAGUACGACAAAACAUUAGAUGAGCUUAUUUCAAAUCAUACAAAAAGGUCAGUUAACUAUCUAUCACCAACAAUUCAAAAUGAAUUUGUGAAUUUAUUAGGAAAGAAAGUUCGUAAUGAAAUUUUAUCAAGGAUUCGGAAAUCUAAAUACUAUAGUCUCCUGUUUGAUUGCACUCCUGAUGUCUCUCAUAAUGAACAAAUGUCGGAAAUUAUUCGAUAUGUCUAUAUAGCUAAUGGAAAAGUAAAGAUAGAAGAAAGUUUUAUUGACUUCAUUAUAACUGAAGAAAAGACUGGCGAAGGAUUGGCAUCUGACAUAAUGAAGAAAUUACAAGAUGAUCAACUCGAUAUUCAAGAUGCAAGAGGACAAGGCUACGAUAAUGGUGCCAAUAUGGCGGGAAACUAUCGUGGAGUCCAAGCACGAAUUCAAGAAAAAAAUAAUCUUGCUCUUUAUAUACCAUGUGCAAGCCACUUUUCAUUAAAAGGACACUCGGACACAAGAUGGUCUUCAAAAUCCAAUGCCAUAAAACCAUUGAAUACUCAAAUUAAAGAAGUUUAUGGAGUACUUCAAAAUAUGAUAGCCAAUUCUAUAAAUGCAGACACUACUUCCUCUGCUCUAAGUCUACUCAAAAACAUUAAUUCAACAUUUCUUUUCUACCUUGAUGUUUGGAAUCAAAUAUUAAGUCAAGUUGAUCGUGCUACUAAAGCUUUACAAAUGAAAACUUUGACUUUGGAUAAAGCUGCAAGUCUGAUUCAGGCAUUAAAAAAUUCUCUGCAGGAAUUUCGUGAUACAGAAUACGAAGAAAAUUUUACUCGCACUUCUACAUUAGUUACUACUUUGGAAAUAACAAACACAUCCAUGAGAUUAAAAAAAAAGAAAAGAUUGGAAUUGUACGAAGGACAAGACGAUGGAAUAUAUAUUUCGGAAAUUCAACAACUUCGCAUCAAUAUGAACAAUGCAGUUGAUGUUUUCAUAAAUCAACUCAAUUGGAGAUAUAGAAAGUUAAUGGAAGUUUCUGAUGAUUUCGGAUUUUUGUCUGGUGAAUCAUUGUACAACAUGAGUACUAUAGAAUUAAAAAAAGCCGCAAUGGAUUUAGCAAUGAAAUACGAAAAAGACAUCAAUGGUGCAGAAUUUAUUGAUGAGAUUUCCGAUUUUCAGCACGUAGUGAAGUCAAUUAUUCCUGACUAUAUUAAAUCUGCAACUGUUAUUGAAUUACUUCAGCUGAUUCAAGACUACAAUUUAAAAGAAUCUUAUCCAAACAUAGAAAUAGUAUUUAGAAUCUUUUUGACGAUGCCUGUAACUGCAGCAACAUGUGAACGUAGCUUUAGCAAACUCAAACUCAUAAAAAAUUUUUUGAGAUCAACUAUGGGCCAGGAAAGACUUUCGAAUUUAUCUAUUUUGUCAAUAGAAAAUGAAGUGACUAGAGAAAUUAAUUUCGAAGAUGUCAUCGAUGAAUUUGCGGCAAUCAAAUCAAGAAAAGUCAAAUUAUGA